AGCCAUUUUGGCUCAUGCCUGGUGCCAGACCCCAUUGCCGUUGGCUCAACGGGCGGGGGGCGUAAGGUAUGGAUGGCUCGGGACGCCGCUGCCUCAUCGGAGGAUCGUGCGGCGGCUGGACGCCCGCGGUGCGGCGCUGCGGGCGCCCGCGCUUCUGCUGACCGGCUCGUGAAGCGUCUCACCGAGCAGUGGGUGCAGGCUGAGGCGCGCGUCGCGGUGGCCGAGGAGGCUGUCCGUUCUGGUCGGUGGCAGCGAGGCGGCACAGCGAGUCCAGGCGCUGCUGCACAGCAUGGCAGGCCAAGCCGGGCGGGCGGGUGCCAGAGUGGAUGGACGUGCUCCGCCGCAACAUCGGGCUGCAUGCCGACGCCGUUGGCGUGGAUGUGGCCACCGCUGACGCCCAGGAGCUGCGGCGAGCACAGCGUGGGCCGCGGUUGGAGGCCCGCCAGUCUCCUGGCCCUCAUGAUGCUGGUCUUGUCGGGUCCGCCUCCGAGGACGAUGCGCCCGUGCCUGCCGCCGUUGUGAGGUCGACGCUGCGGGCUGAGGCUGCCGAGUUCGCACCUGCCGUCGUCGAGAAGAUGACGCUGCGAGCCGAGGCGGCCCAGUUCUUCCCUGCUGAGAGGACCGCUAUCCCCACGGCAGGCGGCGCGAGAUGGAGGUGCACCUGCGGCGCCGUGGUGUUCUCGGGCAUCCCCGCCGCUGCACUGCCGCCUUUUGUGCGGCCCUCCAGGGAUGGCUGGCGCCAUCGUGGUCCUCGGGGUCUUCGUGCUCCUGGUCUGCUCACCGGAGACGUGUUUUGUGAAGUUUUGGCCGAUGCCAUUGCUGAUCGCGUCGAGGGAACUCUUCCUGGCGAUGGUCGCUGUAACGGGGGCGGCUUGACAGCCGACAGUACCAAGCAGCCGAAGCCCGAGUGCUCGGACAUCGAUAGCCUGCACGCGCAGGAGUUGGAGGCCAAGCUCGCGACCUGGCGGAGACAGGCGCCAUCCGCACAAAUCUUCGUGCUCCGCCGCCUCAAGCUGAGAGCGGUCGAGGCGGCUUGGAGGCAGCAUGCGCAGGAGGUGGAGGCCCAGGCGGCCACCUGGAGGCGCGAGUGGUCUUCCAGACCCUUUGUCCGCAGACUCGCGGAGCUGGACAGGGCAUGUGCAUGUGAGCCUCGCCGUGCCGAUGAGCAGUUGUACUGCAAGUCUGAACAGCACGGUUCUUCAUCCCAGCGCCUUCCGUUUAGGUUUGCUCCGAACAGCUUCCGCCCUCCCGAUUUCCAGACCGAUGGAGAUCCUCGGAGGGAGGACCGUCGAAAACGGUAGAAGCGUAGAUGCCUUGGAGGGGGGUGGGGUGGAGUGAUUGAGAGACAUGAUGGGUUGGAGGA